CAGGCCAAGAUAUUUGGAUAGAGCAUUCUCGAUGGUUUUUUUGCCCUCGUACGGUGCCCUGGGCGUCAGAUCUGUGCUCCCGAUGCGCCGACUGGUGCCUCGAGGGUAGAUUGUCGCCGUUUAGCAUCGGAUUAUGUCAAGCACAGCUUCUCUUUUUCAUAUCGAUCCAUUCUUGUGAGGACGAGAAAGAUCCCUAAUCUCUAACCAAAUAUUCAGGUUAGGGUUGGUUUAUAAUGGAGUUGAGGUCUUUAGAGAAUGUGUGCUUGUUUUGUAUACUUAAAGUACACCAAGGCAACAGGAGCUGGAGGAGAUUUGGGAUGCAAGGUACACCAACUUUUUCCCUCUACAUUGAAGGCUGUUAUUUUAAUGUGCUUUAUUGUCUUUGCCUAUGUUUAGGAUGGAUUCUUAUCUGCAUACAUUGGGAGAAAUGUAUAUACAUUUGUACAUUAGUGCUGAAUUGCAACGUAGUGAGUCUGAGUUGUUAUUGGUUUUCUAGCUUGUUUGAAAUUGAAAGUUGAAACAGGUUGAUCAGCAUAAUUUGUUUGAUCAAUCAAACUUUAGCGGUUAAGCAGAAGGAUAAUCAAACUUUAGGUGCCUCGAGGGCAGAUUGUCACCGUUUAGCAUUGGAUUAGGUCAAGCACAGUUUCUUUUUGGUUAAAUCUCCAAUUUGGUCCCUGAACUAUUGUACGGACCCCCUGAUUUGGUUCUUGAACUAAAAAAAUUCCUGAUUUAGUCCUUAAACUAUUGUACGGACCUCCGAUUUGGUUCUUACUGUUUACCAAUUUGCCUCAAAUUAGUCUUUCCGUAUAAAAAAACUGACGUGUGUAGUCUUUAAUGGCGAAAAAUAGUAACUUAAUGGUCAUGUGUCACGUUAAUAACGAGACACGUCAGUUGUUUUUGCAUAGAAGGACCAGCUUGGGGCAAAUUGGUAAACAGUAAAGAUCAAAUUGGAGA